GCCGGGCGCCUUCCUGUGGGGCUCCCCUGGCGCCGGAGGCUGCAGGAUGGUGUCCUGGAUGAUCUGCCGCCUGGUGGUGCUGGUGUUUGGGAUGCUGUACCCAGCUUAUGCUUCCUAUAAGGCUGUGAAAACCAAGAACAUUCGUGAAUAUGUCCGGUGGAUGAUGUACUGGAUCGUCUUUGCACUCUUCAUGGCGGUGGAGGCCUUCUCAGACAUCUUCAUUUCCUGGUUCCCUUUCUACUAUGAGAUCAAGAUGGCCUUCGUGCUAUGGCUGCUCUCGCCCCACACCAAAGGAGCCAGCCUGCUUUACCGAAAGUUUGUCCACCCAUCCUUGUCCCGCCAUGAGAAGGAGAUCGACACCUACAUUGUGCAGGCCAAGGAGCGCAGCUACGAAACGAUGCUCAGCUUUGGGAAGCGAGGCCUCAAUAUUGCCGCAACAGCCGCUGUGCAGGCUGCCGCCAAGAGUCAGGAUGCACUGGCCGGAAGGCUGCGUAGCUUCUCCAUGCAGGACCUGCGCUCCAUCCCCGACACCCAUGCCCCCAACUACCAGGACCCCCUCUACUUGGAGGACCAGAUGCCCCGCCACAGGCCACCCAUCGGGUACAGGGCAGGGGGCCUGCAGGACACUGACAGUGAGGAUGAGUGUUGGUCAGACACAGAUGCAGUGCCCCAGCCGCCACCCCGGCCCCGAGACAAGCCUCUGAGCCGCAGCCAGAGCCUGCGUACGAUCAAGAAGAAACCACUGGUGCGAGAGGGCACCUCGCGCUCCCUGAAGGUGCGGACAAGGAAAAAGACUGUGCCCUCAGACAUGGGCAGCUAGGGUCUGCAGAGCCAGCCUAGUUUUACCUCGUGCUCUACAGGGCGCUGGGGGCUGUUUGAAGGGGCCCUCUGGCUGCACGUAGGGCCUGCCUGCACCAGCUGCCCAGGCUCUGCCCUCCUGACUCCUGCUGUUGGCGGCAGUUGCCGCUGGGGCCAUGCACAGGGAUGACCUGAAAUGUACCAAAGCCAGCUGGGCCCAGGGUUCUAUUUAUAGUCUUUCUCAUUCCUCUACUUUCGCAGGGAUGGGACCAGAGCCCUCCCCAGACCCCUGCAAAUGAAACCAAAGCCCACCCAGUUGUGUUCAUUCCUUCCUGUCCUUCAAAGUACUUGACAGCCUUCUCCAAGGCCUCGUGUGUGUGUCCUGGUUGUGUGUUUUGUGUUGGUGAAUGAGGUCAGGUUUGUGCAAGAUUUGAUAAAUAAAUAUGUAACAGUG